GUGUGAGAAAACUGGUGAAUGUCUGACCUGUCAACUGCUUGGUGGGAUUCAGGGAAUUUUCUGCUUGUCAACUGAAGCUUGAAAUUCUCCGUAGAAAACGCACAGGCUUUCAGAGCAGCACGAGGAUCAUCGUCAGUCUCGAGGGUGCUCGGGCUGCACUUCAGGCUGCACUUCAGGCUGCACUUCAGGCUGCACUUCAGGCUGCACUUCAGGCUGCACUUCAGGCUGCACUUCAGGCCACUAUCUUGAGAUCUCUUUUUGAGUCGGACUGACGGCAGACUGACGGCAAACUUUAGUAACAUUGCCUCGCGUAAGCUGAAAUACUGCGCGCUGCAGCGUGAUCGGAUAGCACCAUCCAUCAGGAGCAACCCGACAGUAAAUUAAGUUACUGAUAAGUUUUGGAAGCACAGCGAAGCAGCCAUGGGGAUGCUGAGCGAGAUCUUGAGCCAUCCAGACGAGCUGAUGCCGCUGCUGCGGGUUCGGCACAUGGCGGCGAUGGUCGCGAAGCUUCCCGACGACGAGGACUUCGCCUUCUGCUACGGCAUGCUCAACCGCGUCAGCAGAAGCUUCUCCUUCGUCAUCCAGCAGCUGCACCCGCUGCUCCGGGAUCCGGUGUGCAUCUUCUACCUCGUGCUACGCGCCCUCGACACAGUCGAGGACGACAUGGCGAUUCCCAUCGACGAGAAGGUCCCCAUCCUCAUCGCCUUCCAUCAACACAUCUGCGACCCCAACUGGAAAUUCGUCUGCGGCACCAAGGACUACAAGGACCUCAUGCAACGGCUGCACCACGUGCGCAACGCACUUGAUAAACUAGAGCCCAGGUACAAGGCGGUGAUUCUGGACAUCACAAAACGCAUGGGCGCAGGCAUGGCGUCCUUCAUCACCACAGAGGUGGAGACGGUGCCGCAGUACGACGAGUACUGCCACUACGUGGCGGGGCUGGUGGGCAUCGGGCUGUCUGACCUCUUCCAUGCCUCCAACCUGGAGGACGCCUUUGAGGAGUCGCUCUCCAACUCCAUGGGGCUCUUCCUGCAGAAGACGAACAUCAUCCGGGACUACCUAGAGGACAUCAUGGAGGAGCCGGCUCCCCGCAUGUUCUGGCCCAAAGCCAUCUGGGGCAAAUACGCCAAGCACCUCGAGGACUUCAAGGACGUGGACGCCAACGGGGCAGCAGCUGUGAAGUGCGUGAACGACAUGGUGACCAACGCCCUGGGCCAUGUGUCGGACUGCCUCACCUACAUGAACCGCCUUAGAGACCCCCAGGUCUUCAGAUUCUGCGCCAUCCCCCAGAUCAUGGCCAUGGGCACUCUCGCUCUGUGCUACAACAACAUCGAGGUCUUCAAAGGCGUCGUGAAGAUGAGACGAGGACUGGCGGCCAAGGUGAUGGAGCAGACGCGGAGCAUGGCGGACGUGCGCUCUUCCUUCACCGACUUUGGGUUCGAGAUCAUGAAGAAGGUCGAUUGCUCGGAUCCCAAUUCCCAGGCGACACGAGAGUGUAUUGGCAAGAUCAUUGCCUCGUGCAGAACAGAGGGGAGGCUUGUGAGGGGGCGCUUGGCAGUCUGUGACAAUGCCAAGUGGCGAUAUCUAUUCUAUCUAAUCGUUAUUAUAACUUUGAUCUUCUACAUAGUGUCUUACCUGAGCAACGCCUUCUCGCCACAGUGAGCUUGUCUCGGACCGGUACCGGUAGUUGUCUGAAGACUGCCAGAAGAAUAUUCAGCCUCUGUCAUUAGCACACCACAUACCGUUUUUUCAGUUAUUUUUGGUGCAAACAAGAUGGCGGCUUCCCUCUCUGGUCUACGCCACAACAACACCUGCGCAGCAACCUCUCAGCAGGUGCUGUUCUGUACCAGCAUCACCAAUGGACAGCGACUCCGGGCUUUCCAUCGCUCUGCAAGCUGCUGCAAAACAGAGGAGGAACAUUGUGAAGGCGUCAGUACGCUGUGCCAUCCAGCAUGGUGCAGAACGGCGGUUUUACACGUACCACACGUUGCAAAAAAACCCAUGUGCAGUAAUGAAAUCGGCUCUAGCCAUCAUGCAUUUCCAUUAUUGUACGGUUCUUCCAUGGUUGCCGUUAAUUGAAUACUAGCCAGAAGGCUUGGGUUUGUUAGUUGUAGUAUGUUAUGUUCAUAAGAGUCCAAAACAUCUCAUACGACA